GGGAAGCUCUUUUCGGAGGAUUCAUGCUCCUACCUUGUGAACCUGAGUCAAGAAGAGGGCUCAGCUGGUGUUGGGUAACAACAUUUACAGGGAGCCUCUUCCAGCACACGACUGCUCCGAGCUGGGGUGCAGGUGGGGUUGCAGGAACGUGAACACCAUGGAGCCAUUGCUUUUGCAGCGGUGAGGGCAGCAAUGCCAUGCCGGUGGAGGAGGCACUGUAUGAAUCAGGUUCUCCCUCCUAAGAAGGAGGACGAGGUGAGCAAAAGGGCAGACAUGGCGUCUCCUUGCCGAGCCUCUUGCCCUCCAAGGAUGAGAUGAUAGGAUGGGUGCUAGCAAUCAUAGAAUCAUAGGUUGGAAAAGACCUUUGAGAACAUCAAGACCAACCACACCUGUCCACUACAAAAUCAUAUCCCAAAACAUUUCAUCUGCCUGUCUUUACCUCCAGGGAUGGUAAUUCCUCCACCUCCCUGGGAAGCCUCUGCCGAGAACCCUUUCAGUGAAGAAAUUUUUCCUGCUGUCCAAUCUGAACCUGCCCUGGUGCAGCUUGAGGCCAUUCCCUCUCGUCCUAUCACCUACCACUUGGGAGAAGAGACCAACACCCACCUCCCUACAACCUCCUUUCGGACAGUUGUAGACAGUGAUAAGGUCAAAUAGGCUAUGUGGAUCCCUGUCCUGCUCCCGCUCUUCGUCCUGGCCCCUCUGCCUCCAGCCAGCUCUGCCGACCCCUGCCCAUCAGAAAUGAACAAGGUCAAGGACAUCCUGGAGGUGAACUGCACGGGGCAGGCUCUCAGCGCAGUGCCUCAGGGUCUGCCCACGAACACCGGCAUCCUGCUGCUCAACGCCAACCGCCUGGUGUCCCUCUCCACCGCUGCCUUCCUGCCCCUCGACCAGCUGCAGGACCUCGACCUGUCUGACAACGAGCUGGCAGCUCUGGACACCGAGACCCCGCUGCCAUCCCUGCGGGAGGUGAUCCUCUCUCGCAACGCGCUGGUGGCCCUGCCCGACCUACGGGGCCUGCCCGGGCUCACCCGCCUCGCCCUGGCCCACAACAGCCUGGUGACACUGGCUCCAGAGGCUUUCCGUGCUGUGCCACAGCUCCAGGACCUGGACCUGCGGGGGAACCAGCUGCAGACGCUGCCCCAGGAUGCCUUUGCAGGGCUGAAGGCACUCAAGGACUUGGACCUCUCGGACAACCUCCUGGAGGAGCUCCCCAAAGAGCUGCUGCAAGAUCUGCACGAUCUGGAGACCCUUUGGCUUUCAGGAAACCGCCUGCGGACUCUGCCCACCAACUUCUUCCCUGAGGGACACUUCUUUGCGUACGUCUUCCUCACUGAGAACCCAUGGCACUGCGACUGCAACCUGCACUACCUGCGCACCUGGAUCCGGCGGCACAGUGACGUUGUCUAUCAGCCCGAACGAGGCCUGGAGAAGACAAAGGUGGAGAUCGCCCCGGAGAAGGUGCUGUGCCACAGCCCUCGUGUGCACUGGCGGAAGCCUGUUAUCCACUUUGAGGACAACUGCGGCAGCACAGGGGACGCAGAUGAGGAGGAAGACUAUGGCUACGGUGAUGGGGAAGAAAAGGUGGAGAAAGCUACCAUGACCAACCUCUUGCCCCCACAUCCAUCCACCCAUGAAGAGCACGCUACUGUGACCCAUGCUGUUGACCGGCCUCUGCUCGCUACCAUGAGACCUUCCCUCAGUACCCCUUAUAGCUCCACCUUCAUCCCAAGCACUGCACUUGCAACGCCCGCGAGCAGCAGAGCUCCCAGUGCCACCAGUCCUGCACCAGCCGGUCCCAUUGUCACACCCAGCGCUGCUACCACUCGCUCUGUUGGUCCCACCAGCACCCCACACAGAUUCACCACCCUCAUCUUCACCACCUCACUGCCAGCCACGGCGAGCACCAGACCUCCCAACACCAGCAGCCAUGGCCAAACCACCCUUGCCAACAGCUAUGUCCCUCCCAUGGUGUCCACUGACACAUUUUCCACCACUUCCGUGACAGUGCCUCCUACUGCCAUGCCAAAGACCUCUUCCAUUGUCAGAUCUUCAUCUCUUCCUCUGAUGCCAACCACGCCAAUGGUCUCCAUCACCCCUGCCCCAACGUCAGCAGCUGCCCUGACCACCACACGCAUCACCCAGCCUGAGCCUUCUCCACCUGCACCCCGUCCCCUCUGCCCCUGCUCCACCCCAGGACUGGCAGCACCUGUGCUGCGCUUGCGGGCGGGUGGGGAGGGUCCACAGUGGGGGCAGUGGGUGCUGAGACACUGCUGCCUCUUGCACUGGCUACUCUACCUGGCCUCCUUGGCUCUGCUGGUCUUGACAAUGCUGGUUCUAGCAGGCUGUCUGGCAUGGGUCUGCUUGGUGGGAUGGCCCUCCUGGCGCAAGUCCCUACAGACCCAAGCAGUGGAGUAUCCGCUGCUGGAGUGGAGGGAGUCAACAGGAAGCUCUGCAAUGCAUUUCAGCAGCUUCGAAAGCCACCUCCGGCGCCCCAUGUUCUGUACCAUCAAGGAAGUAGUUUUGUGUCCUGAAGUCACUUACUGCACAAUUAAAGACCUGGGGGUACAGCGCAGUCCUCCUGCGAGUUCCUCCUUCUGUGCCACAAAGGAGCUGUGGAUCCACCAUGGUCCUCAGAACACUCUGUCCAAGCCUUUCUCCAGAGAGGUCGUUGUCCCAGAGCUCAGUUCCCUGAGGACCCCUUCUGUUUACAGCCUGGACAGGGGUGUCGAGGCCAUCGGGGACGUCAGAGUGAAAUACGCUGGCAACACCUUGUAAAUGCUUCUGUGCUUUCGGAGAAAGAGAUGGAGGUCACGGCUCUGCUUCGCAUACCCCUGUUUUACGGGGGGAAGAUCUGCUUACCCAGGAGAAAGCCAGCCAGCUCUUUCCCCUGGUGUCACUCCCACACACCCUGAGGUUUCUAGAUCUGAAAUAAUUCCUUGGGCACUUGGCAGGAGAGAUGUUCUCCAGCUGGUGACGGUUUGGGGCUGACGCUGCCUGGUUCUGGGUGAGUGUGGGGAAGCAGGACUGGCUUUGUGCUCUGUGUCCCACCUGCUUCUGUCCCAGCAAUGCUCAUCAAGAUGUGCUCUGCUCCCGGCUCAGUGUGAGGUUGUUAAUCACAAAAUAAA